CACACACACACAGCUGCAUUGCACGCACAGGCACACACAGUCAUGUAACACACACAAACACACUGUAUUGAAUGCACACACACAAAGGAGCACACGCACACACACACACAAGGAAGCGACAGCCAUCUCUCUAACAAUGCCGGCCCUCUGUAUACAGGCAGCUCUUCCCCUUUUGUUUCAAUGAGCAGGCUGCCGGUUGUGUUGGAUCUCCGGUGUUGUUGUGUUGUCGAUAUGAGCUACCCCGUCGACCUGAGCUACCAAGCCAUAACUUUUGGUCUUUUUCGACUUUAUUUGAUAGGGCAGUGUGAGAGGUGGACAGGAAGCGAGCUGGAAGAGGGACGGGGAGGGGUCGGCAAAGGACCCGGGCCAGGAAUUGAACGCGGGUCAGCUGCAUGGCAGGGAACGGCAGUGCGCGCAUUUCAGCGGCGAGGAUAACGGAAGAAGACGGAUUACCACAAUGUUGAGGAUUUUGGAUGCCUGUGUCACUUUGGUGACUUUUUCGUGCUUGGUGCAAGGUGUGUUUGGAGGAUACGGGAUGAGCAUGUUCGCCGCGCAGACGUCCCCACCGGACCCGUGUUACGACGAGAGCGGCAACCCGAGACGAUGCAUCCCCGAUUUCGUGAACUCAGCGUUCGGGAAGGAGGUGAAGGUUUCCAGUGCUUGUGGCAAACCCGCCGGUCGGUACUGCGUGGUGACCGAGAAAGGUGACGAGCGAAACAGGAAUUGCCACAUCUGCGACGCGUCCGAUCCCAAGAAACACCACCCGCCCUCCUAUCUAACGGACUUAAACAACCCUCACAACCUGACUUGCUGGCAGUCUGAAAAUUUCAUCCAGUAUCCCCAAAAUGUUACCCUAACCCUAUCGCUAAGCAAGAAAUUCGAGGUGACCUAUGUCAGUUUGCAGUUCUGCUCGCCGAGACCCGAAUCCAUGGUGAUUUAUAAGUCAAUGGACUACGGCAAAACAUGGGUCCCGUUCCAGUUCUACUCCACGUCCUGUCGGAAAAUGUACAACAAACCGAACAAGGCCACCAUCACUAAGCAGAACGAACAAGAGGCGAUUUGCACCGAUUCCCACACGGACAUGCACCCGCUCUCCGGCGGUCUCAUCGCCUUCAGCACCUUGGACGGACGCCCGUCGGCGCACGACUUUGACAACUCCCCGGUGCUGCAGGACUGGGUAACGGCCACCGACAUCAAAGUGACAUUCAGCCGGCUGCACACUUUUGGGGACGAGAACGAGGAUGAUUCCGAGCUGGCACGGGACUCUUAUUUCUACUCCGUGUCAGAUCUGCAAGUCGGCGGCCGCUGCAAAUGUAACGGGCACGCGUCCCGGUGCGUAAAAGACAGGGAUGGGAAUUUGGUGUGCGAGUGCAAACACAACACCGCAGGUCCGGAAUGCGACAGAUGCAAGCCGUUCCACUAUGACCGUCCAUGGCAAAGAGCGACAGCCAGGGAGGCGAAUGAGUGUGUCGCCUGUAACUGUAACCUGCAUGCGCGCCGCUGCCGCUUCAACAUGGAGCUGUACAAGUUGUCGGGCCGCAAGAGCGGGGGCGUGUGCCUCAACUGCCGCCACAACACGGCGGGCCGCCACUGCCACUACUGCAAGGAGGGCUACUACCGCGACAUGUCCAAGCCCAUCUCACACAGGAAGGCCUGCAAAGCAUGCGAUUGCCAUCCAGUGGGCGCGGCAGGCAAAACCUGUAACCAAACCACAGGCCAGUGUCCCUGUAAAGAUGGCGUCACGGGCGUCACGUGCAACCGUUGCGCUAAAGGCUACCAGCAGAGCCGCUCGCCCAUUGCCCCGUGCAUAAAGAUUCCAGCAGCACCACCAACAACAACUGCGAGCAGUACAGAAGAACCAGCUGAAGACUGUGACUCCUACUGCAAGGCAUCCAAAGGCAAGCUGAAGAUAAACAUGAAGAAGUACUGCAAGAAAGAUUACGCCGUGCAGGUCCACAUCCUGAAGGCCGACAAGGCGGGCGAGUGGUGGAAGUUCACCGUCAACAUCAUCUCGGUCUACAAGCAAGGGGAGAGCCGCAUCCGGCGUGGGGACCAGCUGCUGUGGGUGCGGGCCAAGGACGUGGCCUGCAAGUGCCCCAAGAUCAAGCCCGGCAAGAAGUACCUGCUGCUGGGCAACGAUGAGGACUCGCCGGGCCAGAGCGGUGUGGUGGCAGACAAGGGCAGCCUGGUCAUCCAGUGGAGAGACAUGUGGGCCCGCAGGCUGCGGAAGUUCCAGCAGAGGGAGAAGAAGGGCAAGUGCAAGAAGCCCUAAGAGGCGGAGCGGUGGAGGAGAGGAGAGGAGAGGAGGAGAGGAGUGGAGAGACGAGUCCUAUAGGCGGUGGAGGAGUGGAGGAGGAGGAGGACAGAGGAAUGGACUUGGAGAGGAGGAGAUGAGAGGAGAAGGAACGAUGAGAAAGACAAGAUGUUGGUGGAGGGGUGGUGGAGAAGAGGGGGAGCAUUAACAACGAGAGACAAGAAACCCUUGGCGGAGGAGUGGAGGAGAGAGGAGAGGUGAGGAAAGGGGGUGGAGGAGCAGAAACGACGAGGGAGGACUACUCAUAGCCGGACAGAUGGACUUAAAAAUGAGGAGGAGGAGGAGAAGAUGGGAGAGAUAAAAGGACAGAGGUGGGAGAAAGAUAGAGUGAAUGAUUGAGGGACUGACUGACUGACUUGCUGCUUUGAGUGGAGGCAUGAAGAGAUUAUUAGGAAUGAUGAUAUGUGAAAUAGGAACUUUUAUUGUGAAGGAGCUCACCUUGCAUUUUUUUCUUUCUUUGUCAUUUUUUUUGUUUUAUCAUUUUUUUCUUCAAGGUUGCUUUCUUUCAUGUAGAUGUUUUUUUUUGCUGAGUUUGCACCAGUACACCCAUUUCAGACAGUGGUUCUUCUUAGCUUCGUCGUAUCUUGAAUCCAUGGUCAUAAGCCACUCUAUCGAACUGCAAAUAAGAAAAGCCUGUAGAUACAUAGGUAAAGGAGCGGGUUGUGUAAUACAACCUGUCUAGAGAGAAUUUAUUUUUGUUCUAAGCAAGUAAUUAUCACUCAAAAUGUUCCUUCAGACUCAAUAUUCAUCUAGCCUGGUUCUCACUCAGACCCUUUUGCAUUUUCGUUCAACUGCGUCAGCAUCUGCGUGAGGACCAGGUUAAUAUUCAUCGUGAUUAUGAAGCAAUAUACAUACUAUAAUAUUUAUUCAUAGCAAAUCGGUCUCACCGACACCAAGACUACAUUAUGUUAUGUGAGAAAAUACUAUGUGUAACUAUUAAUCCAAUGAAACACACUUCAAUGCCAGCACAAAGGUGUGCUUAAAAUAAAUAACUUCAAAUACUUUGUGCUUUAAAGCCUUCUAUCAAAAGACAAUUUUCUAAUAUGGCAACAUAUUGGACAAUACAUUUUUUUAAAAAUAUCUUGAAUCUUGAAAUAAUACAAUUUUGUUCCCUCGAUUAUGCUAAGCUGCAGCUUCCACCUCCACAGGGUCUCUUAUGACAAAGGCCAUAGAGAGUUGAGAAGUUCACGGCCAUUUAGAAGAAUAACAUUAGCCUUUAUUAGACAUAAACAUAGGACGGUCAUAUAUACGUAUAUAGUAUACACAGUUUUGUUUGUUUUGUCUGGUGAGACAGCCAGUGCGGUUGUUUAGGUAAGAUGAGGGCAAGAAGGUUCAUCUGAAACAUGUAGCUCAAUCCUCAUUGUUCAAUUCCUUAUAUUAUAUAGAGUAUAGCUGCAUGUACAUUGUUGUCCAAUUCUAGAGAUGUUCAUCAUUCUUUUUGAUUUUAUUCUGGUGCUGCUCUUUUUGAUCACUAAUUUCGACAGUGUUCUGGAUUAUUAUAAUUUUCAUCGAUACAGAAAAAAACAAGGACUGACAAGGAAACUUUUUCACUGCUUUGGACACUUGCGAUGACUCUUGGAGAACACCCAAGAUAAAAGACCAUUGUUUCAUUUUGUUUUUUCUUUCCUUUUCAUGAUGAGAUAUUUAUAUUGCUGUGCAUUUGUUUCUGAUGGUUGCAACCAUUUUAAGGUUGAAUGAAAAAAAAAACAAUGAAAUGAAAAAAAGACAACCUGUGGACAGUGUCCGAGAAUUAUCAACCCACUUUAUUGUUUAACAUAUUUUUUCUAUCUCUCUUAUGUCCCUCCUGGAGAUGGAGUUGUGUUGUUCAUACAGUAGCUCAAAAAACUCAUCGGUGCAUCAACAGUGAUUCACUGCUGAGUCCAAGCAGCCCAAUCCCUUACAGAACUGAAGUCAGUUCUUAUCCCAUUUCAUGGAGUUGGCUUUGUGAUAUACUGUAUUCAAGGUGUGUAUAUUGUGUAACCACACAGAGUAUUUUUUCUGUAGCAUGGAGGGCCCUAAAUUAACUCUUUUCAUCACCAGCCAAAAUGGCUAGAAGCUGUCCAUCUUACAAGCCAAACACACACUCACUAAUGGGUCAAAGUGGCUAGUAAGCCUUCUCUUCUACCAGCUAAACUGAAAUUUCACCAGCAUUUGGCCGGUUAGCGGGUGUUAAUUCAGAGGCCUGGGUGACCUAUGCUGUAAAGAUCCCAUAGACAAGAGGUUUUCAAAGACAGAUUCAGCGGGCAUCAAAUGUACAGGAUACAUCAAAGAUACAACUAAUUCUGAUGACAUACAUGUACCAUUUGUUUUUUUUAUUGGUGGUGCCCGAAUUCUUGGGUGGCGGAAUAGACUAGGAAAAAGUUUGGCCAGACUGACUUGAUGGUGGGAGGGAGGAGGGAAACGAAACAAGCAGAUUUUAUGUAGUGAUUUGGCGGUUUUCUGCUCUUUCUACCAUGGCAUAAACAUUUGAAACAAAUUAGAAUUAUUUCAGACUGUAAAUCGAGAGAAAAAAACCACAGUGCACAUAUUUAUUUGAGCUGCCACUGUGAAGAACGUUUUUAAAAGCUGUUUGAGUUCUACUAAGCUUGCUUGAUCCAUUUAUAUAUAUUUAUAUAUUUUUUGUCUGUUUUGCCAAUAAAAUACAAGACAAUUUGUUCAAUAUAAAAGACAGUAUAAGCUUUUCUGAGAGCGUACAAACUUUUUGCCUUUUUUUUGCCUUUUUUUAAGUCCAUACGUAAAUUGUAUAGAUAGUUUUUUUGCAAUGUGGUCUCUGGCACAAGAAAAGCAAUAAUUGAUUAACAACCGACUGCUCCUGGGCAUUAUUUUGCUACCAUGAUUUUCCUAAUGUACACAUUUUUUACCUCUAGAUUGGGAAGACUAAUCUUACAUGCUUUUGUCUUGAUAUGAAACCUUAAUAUAGAGAUCAUACACCAAGCCACUCAUUUCACCAUACUGCGUGGGGAGAAGUAUGGGGGAGAAUUCAUAACGCCCUUACGUAUCCAUUUCAAAUUCUACAAUAUCCCCUAUUUGAAAAAACAGAAUACAGCAUGAGAGAUGCCAAGGUCAAGCUUGGUUGUAUUAAAAGACGAAACUUAUUUGGCUGAAGAUACAUCAAGAUGUUGUAUGGUGGUGGGCAGGCGUGGUCAAAAGGAAUUUGAAUAGGAAGUUUUCACUUGUACAGAUCCUUCAUAUUAUAUAUUAUCUACAGACACACACACACACACAUUCACAUAUACUAUGUGCUGAUUGACAAAAAUGAAACACAGAGCGUUAUACAAUGUAUUAUUUACACAUACACUGACAAUGUUACUGUCCUACACUUUAUAUUCAUCCACUACACUACAAUAUCAUAUCACCUGUAAAUGUACUCAUAUUUGCCACUAGAUAUGUAAUCAAGUCACAAACUCAUUUUUUUGUACCAGUAAUACCACGAUGUAAAUUUUUAGAUCAGUCUUUCUUUCGAGGAAUGAGAAAUAUUGAGACAAUAUUAUUUCCUGGUUCUCCGUGUGACCAGCCGUUUGCUUUUGUGUUUCAAACUGACAUGUACAUUUUUUAGCUGUGGCCAAUGCAAGAAAAAGAAAAAAAAAUUGCAAUGUUGUUUGAUGUGUACUAAUAAUAUAUUUACGGUUCUUCUUAUGUAUGGAAAUAUUUAAUGACACGAGACAGUGUGGAUUUUUUUUUUGUUAUUUGCUGCCUUUUUUAUUACCUUUUAUGGUUUGUUUAGACGGUUGUAAUUCAAAACCAGAUUUGG